CAAUGCUCGCCUAUAAAUAGACCUUGUCCGCCAUCGAGAGUGAUUCUCUCGCCUCCCUCGCCUCUUUGCUCUUGUUUCUCGGUUCCUUCGAUUAGGUUUAGGGUUAGGGUUUGCUCAUCGGAGGCAAUAUGUUGGUUUAUCAGGAUCUCCUCACAGGAGAUGAGCUUUUGUCUGAUUCAUUCCCAUACACUGAAAUUGAAAAUGGGAUGCUCUGGGAAGUGGAGGGCAAGUGGGUAGUGCAAGGUGCUGUUGAAGUCAACAUUGGUGCAAAUCCAUCUGCUGAAGGUGGUGAAGAAGAUGAGGGUGUUGAUGAUCAGGCAGCCAAGGUUGUUGAUAUCGUUGAUACAUUUAGGCUUCAGGAGCAACCUGCUUUUGAUAAGAAACAGUUCGUCACUUACGUGAAGCGAUUUAUCAAAUUAUUGACACCUAAGCUUGAAGCAGAGAAACAAGAGGCGUUCAAAAAGCACAUUGAGGGAGCCACCAAGCAUCUGCUUGGAAAGCUCAAAGACCUUCAAUUUUUUGUGGGUGAAAGCAUGCACGAUGAGGGAAGCAUGGUCUUUGCAUACUAUAAGGAGGGUGCUACCAAUCCAACAUUCAUCUACUUCGCAUAUGCCUUGAAGGAAGUCAAAUGCUAAGAAGAGAUAUAUCAUGAGCCCCGCUUGGCCUUUGUAGUUUUAGUUCUACUAUAGGGCACUACCGCUCUACUCUAUUGGGACGUAGAACCAUUUGUCAUGUCUGGUUUUAUUUUGGUUGUGAUUUUAUUAUCCGACUCUUUUGAGUUUAAAUAAUUCUGCAAAAUAUUUAUUCAUGUUGUUUCUACUGUUUUUAUUC